AAAACCGGCUUUAGUUCAAUGUUGUUUACCAUAUACUAAAAUCUUUUCUUUGAAAAAAUGGAUUUCCAAAGGAACGAUGCCAUGCUAAUGGGGAUUCUCCAGGAUCGUAAGACAAUUACAGGAUUCCUGGACUCUAUAUUCGGCUUCCUGCGACGCAAUACCGAUUUUUAUCACACAAAACGCGAUGAGUCGGAUAAAAUUGGCUUCCCCAAGGGCAUGAGGGAUCAGAUCCUAUAUGGCGCUAUGCAGCGCUACGAUCCGGAUUGCGUGCUCCAAACGAUGACUGCCGAAGGAGGAGCAUUGGAAGAUGAUGGUGAGACUGCUCCGCCGGCCAUUGAAGAAGUGGUCCUGGAAAGUGAAGAUGUAUCCCCAAUGGAAGUUGAAAGUCCCAAGAAAAAUCUCGAAUCACAAAAAUCUAAUGAGGAGAUCACAUUCUCCCCCAGUGACUACAAAAACGGAGCUGUUUUCGACACCCAUUGCUGGUCACAAACCCUCAAGGAUCUGGAGAUGCACAUCCUGUUACCCAAGGAUCUUCAAGCGGCAAAAAAGCUGAGCAUCCUUAUCAAAGCCCAGCACAUCAAAGUAAGCAGUAAACAGAGUCCCGAGAUCAUUAUCCUCGAGGGAAACCUGAGCCAGCGGAUCAAACACAACGAGGCUGUGUGGACCAUUGACCAGAAUCGGUUGAUUAUUAGUUGUGAUAAAUCCAAGGAACUGUGGUGGGAGCGCCUCUUUGAAGGGGAUCCCGAAAUCGAUCCCAAGAAAAUUGAAUGCGAGCGCUAUAUAGAUGACCUGCCGGAGGAUACCCAGGCCACCAUAGAAAAACUUAGGGUGCAGCAACUGGCAGCGGAUAAGGAACAAAGUGAACUCCAGGCCUCGAACCCAGAACAAGCUAAGACCCUGGAACGUUUACGAACUGCCUGGGAUGCCGAAGGUUCCCCUUUUAAAGGACAACCCUUUGAUCCGUCUAUUGUUAGAAUGAGUUAGUGUUUAUAAAGCAGUGAUUGGUAAAGAAUAAGCUUAUAUAUAAAAUAUUCUUAAAAAUUUUUACAUUAAUCAAUAUAAAAGUGUUAGAAAACUCUUAUUUAAUACAAA